AUGCGAUACUAUAGACAAGAAUCAUAUCCAUCCUAUGCUAAAUUACGUAAGAAUUCUAUUGGUAUCUUAACGAAUACUAUCAGCAUUUCAUCUUCUUCUCCGCUAGCAAAAGUACAAAACAAAACUGCUGUUGUACAUGUAGCAGUUGUUCUCGCUUUAGCUAAAGAAGCCAGUCAUAUUGCUGAAUUUCAUUUAUUAUAUGAAUCAUGGCGCUUUAUUCAGAACUUCUGGCCACUCUCACGACAAGUUUCCAUUGAUUUGAUUGUAUUUUGUGAACAACCAAGUUGUCAUCAAUUACCAUCGGCUUGUUUACCUCUUUCCUACAAAACGAACUUAGAUAUCAUAGCGACUUGUUUUUAUGAAAUAUUAAAUCCAAAGAUAGUCGAAGAAUGGAGUGAUUAUCUCUAUAUGACAUCAAUUGCCUUCAUAUUAACUGAAGAAUAUCGACGAGCAACUAUCGAUUACCAUUGGAUCUUGAGAGUGAAUCAAGAUGCUGUGUUAAGUCCCGGCAUCGAAGACUUAUCUGAUAAUGGAGAAUGGCCCAAAUGGUGGCGAGAUAUCACAUCAUUGUAUGCUGCUGAGAUCGCUAUCAAUCAUAUUUAUUCAUCAACCCUUGGCCAUCAACAUGAAUCCAAUGCUCUAGAUCAUCCAUCUUUUUCAAAAGAUUCUGUAUGGAAUGUUUGGCAUAUUCAUUGUUUACAUAAUGACGAUUAUUUUUCCAAAUUCAAACAUCGAGACGAAUUACAAGAAUUCCUAAAACAUUCGCAAGAAGAUCGAAUCAAAGAAAUUGUCAAUACCAGUUCUAGAGAUAUGCUUCUAUUUGAAGUUUUGAAUGAAUAUGAAAAGAUGCAAACGAACGAUGGUAUACCAAAUGGUAAAACAACAAUUCGUGAUUAUGUCAGAGCCUUGGCAUGGAGAAAAGCUUAUUCAGCUGUUGGUGCUAUUAAUUUGAACUAG